ACUCUGGCUAAACCUCAGCACGAAGGGCUGGACGAGGAGUGGAUAGGAAGCCGGGGAGGGAGGGAGGCUGCGGGGCUCUCCAGCACAGCUACAGCAGAGCCCGGACAGGCUGAAGCCAUGCUUUUCCUCUGGGCACUGGCAUUUGUUCUAGUCCUGCAGGAGCAAGAUCCUUUAGCUGCUGCAGAUCCUGUCAGUAUGGUACCUGGAAGUUUGGAAAGAGGAAGCUGGUGUAAUGAACAUAUGCUCCAUGAACGCUUAGAUAUUAUUGAAGAGAAGGUAAUAAAAACUGUGGAGCACCUAGAAUCAGAAGUCAAAUCACUCCUCAACAUCAUCAGUGAGACAACACUGAAUAUCCCCACCGUUCCAGGAACUCCACUGAUAGACAUUUUUGAUGGAGCCCCACUUUAUCAAAACUGCCUUUCAAAUACAGCAGUCAGUAAGCAAACAAGACCGGGUGGUGUUCAGGACUAAAGAACAGCCAACAAUUCAAAAGCUUCCUCCUACCCUUGCAAAGAAGUGAACUAUUGGUUUCAGCCAACAAAGAGACUUCCAGCUGCAAAUUCCUCUCAAGACAUGCCCAGAUUGUCUGACAGAAAUGAGUGUAUGAUCUGCCUUUGGACACAGGACACACUGCUGCCAUUGACCAAAAUGGGAGUCCUGCCAGCAAGUCCCAGUCAGAAUCCAUCAUUUGGACACACAGCUACCAUAUUCUGUAAUCUUUACAUUCCCCUCCCUUGCUA